GACAGGAGGCAAGAAGCUCGGUGUUAGCUUUGCGGGAGGUGUAAGUCGCAACCGGGACUACGGGCUCUGUUCGAAAAAUCGGGACUUUAGUGUAGUGUGCUCUUACUUGGUUUAGCUAGGCCCUUUGCUGUCAGUGAGCUGCAGACUUUGGAAGGGAGGGCGUGAGCUGGGUUCCUGUAUAUCCCUUCCCCUACAGCUUUCUGUACUGCUCAUUUUGUCACUGACAGCAGGGGACCCGGUAAUCCAAGUAAGUGCAGCACAACCGGGCCCCGUUUAAGACCCAAAACCCACCGGGCCCGGCACGACUGCCUCUCCCCCCCCUGUGUCCCUGUAACUAAAUGUAAGCUACCGGUUGUGUUGGGAUAUUUACGUGAGGCAGAAGGGAGAAUCCCCGGUACAGGGGCUGAGGGAUAUUGUACGAAGGAGGCUUGACAGCUUACAAGGAGGCUGCCAGGGGUCGGGAUCAAAAUAAUCUCUUCCUAAAAGUGUCUCGCACUUGGAAAGCCAGCCAGGGAAGUGCAGCAAGUUUCCAAUGCUUACUCGUUGAAGAAGCGUCCUGGCAAAGUUCCCCGGGGUUUGCCCACGGUAAUUUGUGUCCGUGAAAUAAUGUAAUGGCUUGCCUCAUGAUGACUGAAAUCGAUGGAACCACAACUCCUCCUAUUCACUCAAUUCGGGAUGUGAAUUUAAAUUCAGAUUUCCCAAAACGAAGUGAGCAAGGAUUACACAUAUACUUGUACCAUAUUUCAGAGGAGACUGAUGGGGAUUACUUGGUAUUACCACCAGAAAAGUAUGUCGCUGAAGAGAUAUGUAUCAUGGCUUCAAAAGCUUGUGGGGUGACACCUGUUUACUACAGCUUAUUUGCAUUAAUGGAUGAGCAGGACAGAAUAUGGUAUCCCCCAAAUCAUACUUUCCAUGUUGAGGAAACAACAAGGCAAAAAUUAAUUUUUCGAAUAAGGUUUUAUUUACCUCAUUGGUAUUGCAAUGGAACCAACAGAGCAUUUCGAUAUGGAGUUGCAAAAGGUGCAGAGAGUCCUGUCCUUGAUGACGUUGUAAUGGCAUAUUUGUUUGCUCAAUGGCGAGAUGAUUUUGUUAAUGGACGAAUUACCGUACCUAUUACACAUGAAGCCCAAGAAGAAUGCCUGGGGAUGGCAGUUCUUGACAUGAUGCGUAUGGCCAGUGAAAAGGGGCAAAGUCCACUGGCUGUUUACAAUUCUGUUAGCUACAAGAAAUUUUUGCCAAAGUGUAUUCGAGCAAAAAUUCAAGACUACCACAUUUUGACAAGAAAGAGAAUAAGAUACAGAUUUCGCAAAUUUAUUCAACAGUUUGGCCAGUGUAAAGCUACUGCCAGAGACUUAAAACUUAAGUACUUGAUAAAUCUCGAGACCCUACAGUCAGCUUUCUACUCUGAAUGCUUUGAAGUAAGGGAGCCAAGCAGGGAUAAUUCAGGAGGAGAAAAUUUUGCAACCAUCGUGGUUACUGGAAAUAGUGGCAUUCAAUUUUCAAAAGGAAAGCCUAAAGAAAGAGAAUCAUUAGCUGACAUGGAUUUACAGACGUACUGUGAUUUUACUGAAAUAAUUGACAUCAGUAUUAAACAAGCAAAUAAAGAUGAUUCUACAGAGAGCAGGGUUGUCACAAUCAACAAACAAGACAACAAAAUUCUGGAGGUAGAAUUUUCCACCUUAAAAGAAGCUCUUUCAUUUGGGUCACUUAUUGAUGGAUACUGUAGGCUAACAACAGAUGCACACCAUUAUCUUUGCAAAGAAGUUGUGCCUCCAAGGGUAUUGGAAGGAAUUCAGAGCUAUUGUCAUGGACCAGUUUCGAUGGAAUUCGCCAUUAAUAAGCUAAAAAAAGCAGGGAACCAGAGAGGCCUUUUCAUUCUUCGAUGCAGUCCAAAAGAGUUUAACAAAUAUUUCCUUACAUUUUCCAUAGAGCGUGAUGGUGUAACACAAUACAAGCAUUGCUUAAUUACAAAAAAUGACAAUGGAGACUACAACUUAAGUGGAGCCAAGAAAAGUUUUGCCACUCUUAAAGACUUAUUAAACUGUUAUCAGAAAGAAACCGUCCGCUCUGAUGGAAUAAUAUUUCAGUUCCGCCGAUGCUGCCCGCCAAGGCCCAAAGAAAAAUCAAACCUGAUCAUCUUCAGGAGCAAUGAAGAUUCAGAGGUCUCCUCCUCGCCCACGUUGCAGAGGAACAAUAAUGUAAAUCAGAUGGUGUUCCACAAAAUCAGAAGUGAAGAUUUGCAUUUUCUGGAGAAUCUUGGCCAGGGCACAUUUACCAAGAUAUUUAAAGGUAAACGUGAAGAACUGGGAGACUAUAAUAAGAUUCAUGUAACUGAAGUCCUUCUCAAGGUUUUGGACAAAACGCACAGAAGUUUUUCAGAGUCCUUUUUUGAGGCAGCAAGUAUGAUGAGUCAACUGUCUUACAAGCAUUUGAUUUUAAAUUAUGGGGUCUGUGUGUGUGGGGAUGAGAGCAUUCUGGUUCAAGAAUAUGCAAAAUAUGGGUCACUUGACACAUACUUGAAGAGAAACAAAAAUGCAAUAAAUAUCAUGUGGAAACUAGAAGUUUCAAAACAGUUGGCAUGGGCAAUGCACUUUCUCGAAGAUAGAAAUCUUGUGCAUGGAAAUGUGUGUUCAAAAAACAUCCUGCUGAUCAGAGAAGAAGAUAGGAAGACUGGUAACCCACCCUUUAUUAAACUUAGUGAUCCUGGAAUAAGCAUUACGGUCUUACCUAAAGAAAUUCUUUUGGAGAGAAUUCCUUGGGUUCCACCUGAGUGCAUUGAUAAUUCAAAGCACCUCACUCAAGCAUCAGAUAAGUGGAGUUUUGGCACCACCUUAUGGGAAAUAUACAGUGGUGGUGAUAAACCACUUACUGCUCUUGAUAGCCAAAGAAAAUUACAGUUUUAUGAAGAUAGACAUCAACUUCCAGCACCAAAAUGGAUAGAACUCGCAAAUUUAAUUAACAGCUGUAUGGACUAUGAACCAGAUUUUCGGCCUUCAUUCAGGGCGAUAAUAAGGGACCUUAAUAGCUUGUUUACUCCAGACUAUGAGUUACUGGCAGAAACUGACUUUCUCCAAAAUAUGAGAAUUGGGGCUUUUGGUUUCUCUGGAGGCUUUGAAGACCGAGAUCCUCCUUUUGAAGAAAGACAUCUUAAAUUCUUGCAGCAACUUGGCAAGGGUAAUUUUGGAAGUGUUGAAUUGUGCCGCUAUGACCCACUACAAGACAAUACUGGUGAAGUUGUGGCAGUAAAAAAGCUGCAGCAUACCACUGAGGAGUACCUGAGGGACUUUGAACGAGAAAUUGAAAUCCUUAAAUCACUCCAACAUGAUAACAUAGUGAGAUACAAGGGAGUGUGUUACAGCGCAGGUCGUCGAAAUCUUAGAUUGAUUAUGGAAUACUUGCCCUAUGGAAGCUUACGAGACUAUUUACAAAAGCAUAAAGACCGAUUGGACUUCAAAAAGCUUUUACAAUAUUCAAGCCAAAUAUGCAAGGGAAUGGAAUAUCUUACCAUUAAAAGGUACAUUCACAGAGAUUUGGCAACGAGAAAUAUUUUAGUCGAGAAUGAAAACAGGGUAAAAAUAGGGGAUUUUGGAUUGACUAAAGUACUGCCGCAAGACAAAGAAUAUUACAAAGUCAAAGAACCUGGUGAAAGUCCAAUAUUCUGGUAUGCUCCUGAAUCUCUGACAGAAAGCAAAUUUUCUGUAGCAUCAGAUGUGUGGAGUUUUGGAGUUGUUCUCUAUGAGUUGUUCACCUACAGUGAGAAGAGCAAAAGCCCACCUUCGGAGUUCAUGAGAAUGAUUGGAAAUGAUAAACAAGGACAGAUGAUUGUAUUUCAUUUGAUAGAACUGCUAAAAAAUAAAGGAAGACUGCCACAACCUGAAGGCUGCCCUGAUGAGAUUUAUAGGAUAAUGAAUGAAUGCUGGAACAACAGCAUCAGUCAGCGUCCCUCAUUUAAAGAGCUCACCAUUCAAGUUGAGAAGGCAAAGGAAAUCAUGGGAGCAUGAGCCUUGUGAGAUGUCAUUUCCAUGGAAGAGUCAGCUUAUGGUCACAACCCCUUCUGUGCCAAAGGCAUGUGGAGUGUCAGGUUUCAGGUGCCUCCAGGGGAGAAAUCCUAAAUGCAUUGUACAGUAUUUGCUACGACUUAAAGACUGCAAAAGCUAUUGUACAAUAAAGGAAACUUGAAUUUACUUUGGAUUACAGACAUAAAAAAACUUAAUGUAUAUGCAAGUCUUAUUGGCUUUUAAGACUGUAAAUGGGCAGAUUUUAUAAACUAAGCCUUCUUGGAGAGCUAAUUGUUUGUUAUAACAAGGAAACAGAAGCUACGCAGAAGACUGAGCAUUCUAUUUUCCUUCUUUUCUUUUUCUGUCAUUGUAAAAUACAUUUUGCCAUGGCCAGACAGCAUAGACUGAAAGCCUCUUGUUUGGGAAAAUCAGUCCUGAACGUUUUCUUAGCAAUGCAUACAGAAUUUGUACAGUUAAUGUGAAAGUAUGGAUUACUUGCCACCAAUUUUGUGUUUUAAGGGCUUUUGUUGAACAUAGUAUAUAUUGAACAUACAUAAAUUUAAAUAUAUUUUUCAUUCUGUGUAAAUGUGCAACGGAACAAGAGCAAUUUUGGUACUUUUAUUAACAAAACUCUGUCAAAUAUUUUGUAUUAAGUCAGUAACUUAAGGAAAUCUGUAAACUAUGCUUCUAACUUUGUCAUGUAAAAAAUGCUAUGGGAUAAAGGGAUCAAAUAUUGACCUCUACUUUCAUAUUUUCUCAAAGGAUCGAGGGGGAGGGAUUUUUAAAUUGGAAGAAAUAAGUAACAUCUUUAAGCCUGUUUAUUUUUGUUUCUUUUUCUUCAUGUCCUACAACUUUUUCCCAGUAUAUGUACCAUACUCUCUAUCAUUAUAAUGGCAUUAGAAAUGGCCUUCUGGCAGGGGAUGGAUUCAUAACACAUAUGCACAGGGUCACUUUUCCAAUAUUUGUUCAGUUGAACAGAUUUGUGAGUAUGCUGUAGAAAUCCCAGCAGAAUUGUUUUUUUAAAGACUUUUAGAAAUGCACCAAAUCCAUAAUUUUUGGGUUAGCUAAAUACCUAAUUAUCCACAUACGGAUUCCAAACCUAAAUUGCAAAUUCUAAUUUGAAAGAAAUAAAAAAAAAUUGUAUUAUCUGUGAACAAAAUAUGUCACAUUCCGUUUCCAGAAGAUUAAAUUAAUGAUUUGAAUUGUUUCCAAACCCCUUAAAAUUUGGCUAAUCUGGAUCCUGCAAAAAGUGCUGGCAUUCGGUCUAAUCCCAAACUCCUGGAAAUGGUGCAUCCAUAAAGCCUUUGCAGACGUUGCCUGUUGGAAGGAGAAUUGUUUACCAGCCACAUGUUCCCAAAUACGGGUGCAUUUUUCCAGCUUUACUGUUCUCCCUCAUUCCUCUUUUUUGCCUCCACUGACAUGUUUUUGUUUUCUUUUAUUACUUAAUCUUAUAACAAGGCAUUAUAACAGUUUUUAAUGAACUAUUACUGUUGUUCAUAUACAAGUUUCUCACGUAGAUGUUUGGCUAUCGCAGCUGCUACAUUCUAAUCACUGGAGAUGGGAGAGAGGUGGUCGCAAAAGUAGUGCUUUUAUCCGAGGACUAACCCAUUGCAAUCAGCCAACAAAAAGUGUGACCGUGAAACUAAAGAAAACAGUCAUUUUUGUUUGCCAUGGGUUAAAACUCCAGAAGGACGUUUGUUACCUGUGUGCCCUUUUAAGAUGUGUACAUAGCAGCAGCAUCUUAUUUGAGAGCAACGUUUUCUCUAAGUUUUGUGUUGCCACACAACACACACAUGACACCGGUGCCCACAGAAAAUUGAGUGCAAAGGAAAUUUUUUUUACUAAGAAGCUGUUUAGCCAUCUGUAUAUGCAGACGCCCUUAAUUGUGGAGCACACAGCCUACAAGAAAUUAGAGGGAACGUUGUUUUGCAAUUAAAUAACUAUUACAUGUGCAUGCUGUGUUAUUUAGUAUGUUUUAUUUGUUAAAAUAGCACUGGAGCUGCAAUGCAGGUUUACACAAUAUCGGAUAGUAAUGUUUGCAGUUAUACUUUAUGGUGAUUACUUUCUACUAAUAAGUAUGUUAAUGCAACAUUCCACAAAAUUACUGUUAUGUGCGCUUUCUGUAAUCUUUACUGCAGAGCUUUGUCACUGGUUGCCCAGAGUGUUUCUGGAUCAAGGGCAUGUCUUCAACCCCAUCCCCUCCCAUCACCUUUUUUUGUUUAAGGGUUUGUUAAAACAUUAAAAAGAACAUUGUAAUGAGG